UUUCGAAAGGCCACACCAGCGCCACCCAAUCCACCAACCUCGACCCCUCAAUUCCGUCGAGCGGCCCGCGCCGCCACCCAAACCCUAGCUCCCCAUGGCCACCGUCUCCUUCUCAUCCGCGGCGUCCUUCGCCGGCGAUAAUAGCGGUGCCCUUACCUCCGCCACCAUCCUCCGUUUCCCGCCUAACUUCGUCCGCCAGCUCAGCACCAAGGCCCGCCGCAACUGUAGCAACAUAGGCGUCGCGCAGAUCGUCGCCGCCGCUUGGUCCGAUCGCUCCGCCGUUCCCUCCCCCUUCGGCGGCGGAAGCCGCGUCCGCGGCACCUCCUCCCAUGCCGCUGCCGCAUCCGCCGCCACCUCUGCGGCGGCGGCUGCCGAGGUUGGCGCCAUUCCUAACGCCAAGCUCGCGCAGCCGUCUGCCGCCACAUUGGCCGAGCGUGCCCUGCUCGGUUCCGAUGCUAGCCUCGCCGUCCACGCAGGCGAGAGGCUCGGGAGAAGGAUCGCCACAGACGCGAUCACCACGCCAGUAGUGAACACCUCCGCCUACUGGUUCAGUAGCUCGCAGGAGCUGAUCGAUUUCAAGGAGGGGAGGCAUGCUAGCUUCGAAUACGGUAGGUAUGGGAACCCGACCACUGAGGCUUUGGAGAAGAAGAUGAGUGCAUUGGAGAAAGCCGAGUCCACUGUCUUUGUGGCGUCAGGGAUGUAUGCAAGUGUUGCUAUGCUCAGCACACUUGUCCCAGCAGGUGGGCACAUCGUUACAACCACAGAUUUGUACCGCAAGACAAGAAUUUACAUGGAGACUGAGCUCCCCAAGAGGGGAAUUACGAUGACUGUUAUUAGACCUGCUGACAUGGAUGCUCUCCAAGAUGCACUUGAUAAUAAUAAUGUAUCUCUAUUCUUCACUGAGACUCCUACUAAUCCAUUUCUCAGAUGCAUUGAUAUUGAGCUUGUCUCCAAUAUGUGCCAUAACAAGGGAGCAUUGCUUUGCAUUGAUAGCACCUUUGCCUCCCCAAUCAAUCAGAAAGCACUGACUUUAGGUGCUGACAUUGUUGUUCAUUCUGCAACGAAGUAUAUUGCUGGGCACAAUGAUGUUAUUGGAGGCUGUAUCAGUGGCAGGGGCGAGCUAGUCUCCAAGGUCCGCAUUUAUCACCAUGUAGUUGGUGGUGUUCUAAACCCGAAUGCUUCCUAUCUGAUCCUCCGGGGCAUGAAAACACUGCAUCUCCGUGUUCAAUGCCAGAAUAAUACUGCUCUACGGAUGGCCCAGUUUUUAGAGGAACAUCCAAAGAUUGCACGUGUAUACUAUCCUGGCUUGCCAAGUCACCCAGAACAUCACAUUGCCAAGAGCCAAAUGACCGGCUUUGGUGGUGUUGUCAGUUUUGAGGUUGAUGGGGACUUCGACUCUACUAGGAGAUUCAUUGAUUCUGUCAAGAUACCCUACCACGCCCCUUCAUUUGGGGGUUGUGAGAGUAUAAUUGAUCAGCCUGCCAUCAUGUCCUACUGGGAUUCGAAGGAGCAGAGAGACAUCUAUGGAAUCAAGGACAACCUGAUCAGGUUCAGCAUUGGAGUGGAGGAUUUUGGGGACCUGAAGAAUGACAUUGUUCAGGCCCUCGACAAGAUCUAAGUGUCAUAUGCAUCCCCAUAACCAUAUUUGCCUUGAGAUCUCGUGGUGAACUCUUGAUAUCUGUUCUGCUUACUGCGAAUAAAUUGUUUCAUUUGUCUCCUCUCUUUUUUUGCGGGGAAUUUGUUUCGUCUCUUUGUUCUGUUGAUUUCAAUUUCAAUAAAGAUUGAUAACCAUGACUAUCAUAGGAUAAAA